UCGCCUCAUUCAUCAUAUACACCAACAGCGGGGCACUGGUAGGUCGCUCCAUACCGACUAAUAGGAUGCUGGAGAUUAACAAACAGUUAGAAGCGGACGAAAUGGUGAGAGCUAUACAUGACGUGAAGGCCACGGAUAUGGGCAACGAAAUGGUCAGAUAUAAGGCCGAAGUGGACUUCGACGGGCGCACCCUAACGCGCCAUUACUUGGAUACCAUUGAUUUGGAAGUCCUACUGAAGGAGAUGCAGGAGCUGAAGGCCAUGGAGGAAGUGGAGGCCUUUAUGCUGAAACACGGCGAGAAUAUCGUCGACAUGUUGGGCGCAGAGGUGGACAGAAUCGAGAAGGAGUUAAAGAAAAGACACCCACAGGUGCGACACGUAGACUUGGAGGUCCUGUAAUAAUAGAGUGGCCCUGGCGUUCAUCAUACAGUAUAUAUCAUUUCAAAUUACACACUCGAGUCUGUUUAUGUUAUUGUUUUUUGUUUGUUUGUCUAUUAUAUAAUUAAUAUAUCAAUUAAUUCAAAAAACUAACCGUC